CCUGCUCCCUCGUGGGAGACACCAGGGACAAGUGUCAUCCAUAGAACCAUCUCUAGUUAGUUACAUGGGUCGUGGAAAAACAGAAUUGAAGUGCCUCUCAACUGAGAAAGAUCGGAAAGGCAGAUUCAAGACAAGAAUCAAGGGACUAGAGAGCAAAAUGAAGAAAUUUUCUGACAAAUGCCAAGGAUCCGAAGCAUGCUUGAUAGUUUAUGAAGAAGGUAGCAACGCUGCACCAAUGAUUUGGCCAAAAGAUUCUACAAAAGUCAGGUCCUUAAUUAAAAAGUAUGAAUCUCAAAAGAAUGUGAAGCCUCCUAAGAUCUUUGAUCUCCAAGACUUCUUUGAGCACAAGAAGACCUCGGUUGAAGCCGAAACUUUGAAAGCGCGAAAAUGCAUCUACAGCGUCAAGUAUCCCACUUCUGACUUGAAUAUCAAGAGCUUAGAUUUGGAACAACUGAGGAUGUUCAUUGGUAUAUUGGAUAACAAGAUUGGUGCGUGUGCUGAAAGGAUUAACAUGCUUAAAAAUAGUCAAAAAGUUGAAAGUAACUUCAAUUUUGGACACAAUGUUGAUCGGUACAACUCUCAGAUUCAACCUAUGAUGCCACUUAGUUAUGAUACGGGUUCUAGUUCCCAAAUGGGUCUCCUCAGUCCAAAUCCUAUGGAAUUGAUGGGAAGUAAUUAUGGACUGGUGAAUUGUGCUAAUCAGUUUGAAGAUUAUGUGUAUAGUGUUAUACAAAACGGUGCUUUAGUAAACUCAACAAAAGUGAAGGAGCCAGAGCCUAUGGUUCAUUAUGACACAAAUGUGAUGGAGGACACUACUAGCAAGAAAGAUGAAGAAGUCCGUUUGGUUUGUACUGAGAAGACAAUUGAUAAAGUAAAUUCCACAAAUCAAGUUAGUGAGGCUUUGGAUUGGGAAAGUCAAUUUGCUGAGGCUGAGGCAUGGGCUAGUGACUUUGGUGAGUUUGAGAAUUGGAUGAAUCAACAAAGUGAGCAUUCGGAUUGGACAAACCUGAGUGAAUUUGUAUGUUGA